AUGGCGUUUAUCGAUGUUGCCAUCAUUGGAGGCGGUCCUGCCGGUUUGACAGCGGCAGCGACGGUUGCCCGCCAGCUCCAUACCGCCGUCGUCUUUGACAACCAGCGCUACCGAAACGCCAGGUCCAGCCACAUGCACAUGGUGCCUACCUGGGACCACAAGGACCCCAAGGAGUUCCGUGCUGCUAUCAAGCGAGACAUCCAGGCCCGCUAUUCCACCAUCCAGUUUGCCAACGUCGGUGUCGCCAAGAUCGAGAAGAAGAGCGACUCGCAGUUCCACGUCGUCGACGAGUCUGGCAUGGAGUACGACUUUCACAAAGUCAUUCUGGCUGUAGGCCAGGCCGACUCCUUUCCCGAGAUCGAGGGAUACCAGGACGCGUGGGCACGGCGCAUCUUCCACUGCCUCUUCUGCUUCGGCUACGAGGACCGGGGCACCAAAUCAACAGGCGUUCUCGUCGUACCCCCCAUCAUCCCAGCGCUAGCCCUCGUCCUAGCCGGAAACGCCGCCCAGCUGAGCGAGGAGGUCACCCUCUACACCCAUGGCAACGAACAAGCCACAGCAGCUAUCAAUCCUCUUGCCGCGGCCGCCAAGGCAAACUUCAAAGUUGACCCGCGCCCGAUCAAGCGCUUUCAUGUCACCAACACCAAUACCAACAACGGCAACGGCACCUCAAUCACAAUCGAGUUCACCGACGGCUCUACCAAAGAAGAGACGCUCAUCGUGAAUAGCCCCAAGACCAGUGUCCAGGGCCCGUUUGUCGAACAGCUCGGACUUGCACUGACGCCAACGGGUGACGUGGUCGCCAACCCGCCUUUCUUUCAGACCAGUGUCAGGGGGGUGUUUGCUGCUGGGGAUAUCGUGACCCCGUAUAAGGCUGCGAACGCGGCUGUUUAUAGCGGGUGCAAUGCAGCGGUGGCAUGUGUUGCGCAGCUGCAGUCGGAGAAGUACGGUCUUCCGGCGAUGUUCUGA